AUGUUCAAGAAAACUGGCCUUCUUCUCCUAGCCGCUGCGGCGUGCUGCACCGCAGACUUCAUGGUCUACACCGAGCCGCCCAUUCCCACAACCGCCAUCCCUAGCUUCCCAAACCCAGCCGAUGCAGCCAGCUGGACCACAUCCGUCUUCCUCAACGCAAAACUCGCCUACGGCCGCUUCACAGCCUCACUCGGCCCCUCGUACCAAGCUUCUCUCACGUCUGCGCGCUCCGAAAUCGACAACUUCGUCAGGACAGCCACAAACUAUAGUAUACCAGCUGAAGUCACAAUGGCGGAUGAGACGCCGACGUACUUUUCUAAACCGGACUGGUACACGGCGCUGCCGAGUAGGGCGAGGGCGUUCAAGGAACAGCAGGUGCAGGACCAGUUUAGUAUUGUGAGGAGCGUUAUUGCGGGAAGGCAGACGACGGCGACGUCGACGGGGGGUGCGGUGCCGACGGCGAUAGCGAGUGGGUGGUUAGGGGCGGAGUUCGGGGUUAUGGCGGCGGCGGCGGCAGCGGCGUUUUUGUGA